AUGUCAAUGUUUACGUACUGCCGUGCAAUUAAAUUCGUUCGAUGUUAUCGAGGCACUGGUAUCUUCUUCAAUGCAGGGAUGAUAAAGUCAGAACCAUCUGUGUCAAUCUCUUUGGUGCAAGAAAGGAUAACUGCUAAAUAUGGCUUUCAAUGUUGUGAGGCGUUCAAAUUUGCCAAACCCGUCAUACAAAUUGAUAGAACACAUUUAUAUGGGAAGUACAAAGGGAAAUUGUUGGUGGCCACAACCCAAGAUGGUAAUAAUGAAUGUUUACCGAUCGCUUUUGCCAUCGUAGAAGGCGAAACUUUGGAAGCAUGGGAUUAUUUUCUCGUUAAUAUUCGUGCUCAUGUUACUACCAUGUCAAACAUAUGUUUGAUAUCCGAUCGGCAUCGAAGCAUAAUAUCUGCUGUGGAAAAUAACCCUAAUUGGCAGCCGCCAAAUGCAUAUCACGUCUUCUGUAUUCGUCAUAUUGCAAGCAAUUUCAAUCAAAAGUUUCGGAAUGAAGAUUUGAAGCGGAUGUUAAAGAAUUUAGGUUAUACUCAAGCAAUGGUUGAUUUUGAAAGGAAUCUUGCGAGUUUCCGUGAAAGUAGUCCUCAAAUUGCUGAGUGGAUUGAUGCGAUUUCUAAGGAAAAGUGGUUGUGCGCCUACGAUAUCGAAGGACGCAGGUACGAUCAUAUGACAACAAAUUUGGCUGAAUCUGUCAAUAGGGUUUUGAAGGGGGCAAAAAAUAUGCCUAUAACAGCAUUGGUUAAGCAUACAUAUAGUAGAUUGGUUGCAUAUUUUGUUGAGAGAGGAACAAAUGUUGUUGCACAACUUCAAUCAGCUCAUCGUCACUCCAAAGUUGUUGUUGAAUUGGUCAAGAAGAACCAGGUAGAUGCAACAGGCCACCACGUUCGUGCAUACAAUGUUGAACAUACUGUCUUUGAGGUUGACGCAGGUUGGGAGUGUUCAUAUUCUGUCAACCUCCCACUGAGAUUCUGUCAGUGUGGAAAGUUUAAGGCAUUUAAGUAUCCGUGCAGUCACGUCGUUGCUGCUGCGUUAAGUGUUAGGCCGAGUGCGUUCACUUACGUUGACGACGUUUUUUUGAUAACUAACUUGGUCGAGGCUUAUUCUUUUUCGUGGGAGCCAAUCGGAAACGAGGAAGCAAUACCUGAAAUUAGUGGUCCAAAGAUUAUUCCUAAUUCUAAUAUGUUGUGUGCAAAAGGUCGUCCAAAGUCAACUCGCAUCCGCAACGAGAUGGAUGAAGUUAAGACAAGCCAGAGCCGUAUCAGGUGUGGACUUUGCAAGGAACGCGGCCAUAAUCAUCGGCGAUGUCCAAGUCGUGGGAGAAACGACUGA